UUGUUUUGCUUCCUCUUUUCCGUAUGAUGAAAAAAAUCCCAGACGGUGGUGAAAGCGGUGAUGAUCACUCGGCGUUGGUGAGGCGGAUUUUAUUGCAAAAAUGUCACGCCUGCGGAUCAUCUGGCGUCUGCGUUCGAGUCUUAAGGGUUUUGGAUAGACCGAACGUGAUUUUCUUUUCGUUCUGGGCAACACGAUGCGGUAGCGGUUAGUGCAUUCGCGUGACCUUGUUGAAGGUUCGAAUCUGAGCUCAAGUUGUACAAUGUGUGACUUCCCCGUUCCUCUGUUAGCUUCAUUGAAGAAUGUCUAAAAUGCUGGAAAUGUGAAUGUUCGUUUCUCAAUCUGUGCCGGGGCAUUGAGUGGCGACCCACACUUGGAUGGAUGAAAGUCGGGAACAAGCAUUUCAUGUCGUCCGUUCAGUGAUCUUAUUUUGAUUUUUGACUACGUCCUCCGAGGAAAUCUGAGUGACGUGGCCCGGUGAGCGCGGUCAUGACGUCGGCGGUGACGCCCGGCCUGGGCGACCUGUCCCGCUUGUACCAGACGGAGUUCGUGCGCAGCGCCCGCGCGGUGGGCGCCCUGUGGGCCGUGUGCACGCUGUGCUUCGCCAUCAUUCAGGUGGUCAUCCUGGUGCAGCCGUCCUGGAUCGGAACCGCCGAAGUGCGCCACCCGGGGACGGGGCCGGCCCCGCCCACUGGCACCCUGGGAUUAUUUGAGGUGUGUCUGGAGUCGGACAGGCCGGUUCCAGACUGCCGCGGCCGUCUGUCCAGCCUGUCCCCUCUGCCGUCCUUCCAGUCCGUGGCAGUCCUGGUCGGCGUGUCCCUGUGGGCUGUGUGGACCAGCGUGGUUUGUCUCUGCCUCUUUCGAUUCUGCAGUGCCGCCACCGUCUACAAGAUCUGCGCCUGGCUGCAGCUCACAGCAGGGUUUUGCUUGGCAUUAGCCUGUCUGCUGUUCCCCGAUUCAUGGGAGAGUCCGGAGAUGAGAGUCCUAUGCGGCGACUCGGUGGGCAGCUUCUCGUCGGGGAACUGCUCCGUCCACUGGGCCUUCAUCCUUGCCAUCCUGGGCGUUUUGGACGCCGCCAUCUUGGCCACCCUGGCGUUUGUGCUGGCCAACAGACAAGAUGCUCUGCUGCCGCCGCUCGGCAAGGAAGGACUGCUGAUGUCGGCGUAGACGCCGCGGGACUUCUCUUCCUUCUCAGACAAUGACAUCAUCAUCACCAUGACAUCAUGGCGAUGUCGUGAAAACACACCAUAUGAUGAAAGACGGAACUGUUGUUGCUGAUCAGCUCCUUGUUUUCAAGCACGUCAUGUGUUUAGCAGUAAGUGUAGUUCGCGCAUCGUUAGCUUCCAAACGCAAUGGAAGGCAAGUCCUUCUUCUCUUUGCAUGGCUAGCUUCAGUCGAGUGUGGUAACACAAUUUGAGCAUCGUUCAGCCUUUCCAAUCGCAUUAGGCAGAGGCCCCGUUGUCCUGAGCUAUUAUCCGGUGGUAACAGUUAGCCUAGCUUCUGUUAUUUCUCGUUCCACGACUAUUUUUUCGUCAUUGUAUUUCGCAAAAGAAUCCGGUCAGAUAUUUUUUUCCCUGAUCAUGUGAACUCUGUCAAGAUGUUUAAAAACAACUGUGUACUUUGCUUUAGUUUAGCAUCAUUGAGGUUGAACAGUAUGCGUCACAUUUCCAUACAGUGUUUUCAUCUGUUCCAAGUGUUCGGCUACUAUGAUUUUUAAAAAAUUGUUGUGUGCUCGUGUAACUACUGUUAGCAUGUCAGCCUUUGAGAAUAAUCAAGACGGUAGUACUAAGAUAGUGCGCAAAUUCCCUCUUCCCCUAACGUGCUAGCUUAGCAGAGGACGAGCUAAAGUUGGCCACCAGCAGACAGCCGACUGUGGCGUGACGGAAAUUUCCAGUCGAGGUCCGACAGCAGGAGAGAAGAAAGCGGAGUGGUCAUCUUUGAAGGUGAUGCAGAGAAAGGUCUGAAUGGUUUUUGGCGAUGACGGAUGUGAACACCAGCCGCCAACGGCUAGCUGCUCAACAAAAGAUACAGUACAGUUCCCAACGAAAGAUAAAGAGCCCUUUGUCAUACACUGUAUUUAUAAAUUAGACUAUUUAUGUACUUUAUGUAUGAUUAAUAAAAAAUUUUAAAAAAGGCCUGAAAUGGCUGAGAAGAAAGU